UAUUUUGAGAUCAUUAUUGCCAAAGUACUUGAAGACUAUCAGCCCAAGGGACCAUUAUGAAGGACUGUUUAAGGAAAACUGGCUUGCAUUUACGCUACACCCAAGCAGACAGCCAGUUCGCCAGGGUUCGAACGCAGGUCAAACUAGAGUUUCCUCUAGUUACAGUCGAUGGAAAUCUGACUGAAGAUGCUACAGAAGGCAUUCGAAAUCCACAGUCAUCAGAUUUGGACUCUGAAUAUACUAAGAAUGGCAGCCUUACAAAGAUAUCAGAAUCUUCUAACAGUUCAAUAUGGGAAUCUGAUAGUAAUCCCAUAUUUAAAGCGAUAAGAGAUUUCUGGCUCCAAGUUAAGCCUUUGGGACCUGAAACUGGAAAGUUGUUAGAUGAAAAUACUGAGAAUGCCAUGAAAAUGAUAGAACAGAGUUUAAUAGAGGCUACAACUAUGUUUUUAAAAACGACAGAGGAUUCCGAUUUCGCAACUUUAACAACAGAUUUUGACAGUCCUACAGUUCUAAAAGUCGAAAGCAAUACGCCAACUCAGCCCAUUCAAGAAAGAGUUGGUUUCAACAUUUUAAGCUCGCAGAACAAGCAUCAGCCUGUACUGAUGGUAGCUAACUCCACUAGUGCAUGCAGCAGCUGUUACGAAAGCCUACACUCAUGUGUCCAAAAGUGCUUCACCGAAAAUAAUUGCAAUGAUAUUCAACGCAAUGGCUCAGCUGAACACGUCGAUGUUUUUUUCUGGCCGUACGUUGGAGCACUAUUCCUAUCAAUACCAUUGAUUUCCUUGGCACUAAUCUACUUGAAAUCGAGGAUAUUUUAAAAAUUUACUGUAAAGCAAAAAAAUGUCCUUCUCCAGCAACCAGGUUAUGUAAUCCUUUUACACAGUGGAGUCCGGUUGAUGAAUGUAAAGAUCACGAAGACUGCAGAAGUCCUCUCCUUUGUUGCAGUGAUGGAUGUAUAAACAAAUGUGUACCUGGUGUCUGGCGCUCCUAAGCUCAUUUCUUCAUUGUUAUGAAGUUCUUGUUUUUACUUUGUAUUUUAAAUUUUUAGCCUUUAUUUGUUUGACUUGAAAUUUUGAAGCAAUAUAUGCCUUAAACGUCA